GUCGGCGGUCGGAGCGGCUGAGGACGGUGUGGAGAUCCGCUGGAAGAACGGUUUGUGUGCGAGAGGAGCGACGGCGGCGUCCGCUGCGUGAUGGUUGUCUCUUGACAGUCAAAGCGAGUCGGUGCCCUGCACCCUGUCCUUCAGCUGGCUGCCGUGAGCCGCGACCAUCGUCGCCGGCGAGCAAUGGCUGAGUGCCGCCCGCUGCUGCUGCUCUCGCACUUGUUGGUCAAUGACCGGCCGUUCCAAGUCACCUUAACCAAGUCCGUGUUCUCCUGGCAGUCGCUGCGGCCGAGGAAGCCCCCAUCGGCGGGAGGAGAGAAAUAUUCUGUGCCUGUACCUGAGAUUAUUGCUGUUCGUGAAACUGAAGUAGAUGGGAAAAAUGAAGAAUGCAGAAGAUGGCAGAAAAUGCCUUCUGUUUCCACUGAGAAAAUUGUGCAUGCAUUCACAGUAUAUCAUGUGCAGAGAUCAAAAGGGCACCACUGGUGGUGCAGUGAAGUAACCUUUUACUGCAGCGAUCACCAACUCUGUAACCAGUGGGUACAAGCUCUUGAGGAGCAGUUGGAAUUGCAAGCAAUGAGACCAAAGAACUUACUUGUAUUCAUUAAUCCUUUUGGAGGGAAGCGACUUGGAAAGCAAAUAUAUGAUGAGAAGGUGGCCCCUCUGUUUCGACUAGCUUCCAUUACCACUGAAGUGAUUGUCACUGAAUGUGCUAAUCAUGCCAGGGAUUAUUUGUUGGAAGCUGAUCUGGAGAAAUAUGAUGGGAUUGUUUCUGUUGGUGGAGAUGGCAUGUUCAGUGAGGUAAUGCACGGUGUGAUUGGUCGGACACAGAAGAAUGCAUGUGUUAGUCAAAAUAAUCCCAAUGCUGAACUGGUUCCAUGUGAUUUGAGGAUUGGAAUUAUCCCAGCAGGUUCAACAGACUGCAUAUGCUAUGCAACAGUUGGAGCAAAUGAUCCAGUGACUUCUGCCUUACACAUCAUUGUGGGUGACUCGCAACCCAUUGAUGUCAGUUCAGUUCAUCAUAAAAACAUGUUUUUGAAAUAUUCAAUAUCUCUAUUAGGAUAUGGAUUUUAUGGUGAUACAGUGUCAGACAGUGAAAAGAACCGUUGGAUGGGUCCUUCGCGAUAUGAUUUCUCAGGUGUUAAGGCCUUUCUAACUCACCAGUGCUAUGAAGGAGUAAUUUCUUAUUUACCAGCGACUAAAACACUUGGUAGUCCAAGGGAUCAGAGACCAUGUACUGCUGGAUGUCAGAUAUGUCAGCACACUGGAGAGCAAUUGAAGGCAUCACAAAAAGAAAGAGAAUUCAAAUUUCUUAAUAGUGAUGAGCACCAGCAAUGGAAAGUAAUCAAAGGAAAGUUCCUAGCUAUAAAUUCAGCAAAUAUAAGUUGUGCAUGUCCAAAAUCUCCUAAGGGUCUCUCGCCUGCUGCACACCUAGCUGAUGGGACCAUGGACCUUAUUGUAGUCCGCAAAUGUUCAAGACUCAGUUUCCUGAGGUAUCUCAUUAGGCACACAAACAGCAAUGAUCAGUUUGACCUUGCAUUUGUCGAGGUAUAUCGCGUGAAGAGAUUCAAAUUUACACCAAAAUACUGUGAUGAGGAGGACAGUGAUAUCCAGGAAGUUAGCAAAAAUCUGUUUGGACAGUUCUGUAGAGAUCAUCCCACUUGUAGCUGUGUGCAGCUUACUAGCAGUUGGAAUUGUGAUGGAGAGAUAAUUGAGCAUGCAGCCAUUGAAGUGAGAGUUCAUUGCCAGCUGUUAAGACUUUUUGCAAGAGGAAUAGAAGUGCUUUCUUCAGAAAAGGGCAAUAGCAAUUCAGUUGUUUAAGCAUAUUGCAAGAGGAUUUCAGGAUUCCACACACCAUUCAUUCAAAGGUUGAAGUCUGAUAUCUAAGUUGUGAAACUUACUUUUAUAACUUGAGAUUCUAAAUUUAUUUACAUAAUUAUUAAAGUCAUGGAUAUUUAUUUAUUACACAAAGUGUAAGCGUAAGAAGCAACAAACAACAAAUUUAAUGUAUUGUCUCAAGAUCUCAAUAUGUAGAUUCUGCUUUAAGGAUUAAAUUUCAAAUGAAGAAUCUGUUUAAUACAUGGUAUUUGAGAUUUAAAAAUUAAAGUCAUUGGUGUGUUGCAAGAAGCUGUCCUUUGGAAAUUGGCAGAAUUUUUUUUAAGUGUGCACUUAAAUGGUGGAACAGAGUUUAGAAGAGGGUCAUUUAUAAGCAUCAGCCUCAUUUUAAAUUGAUAUAUGUGUCUGUCGUUAUUUAUUGCCAGCCACUUCAAACUUAGGUGAUAGAUUUCACUUAUUUUUAAACGUAGAUUCCAAAUUGCUUUUGUAACUACGUUCUUAACUUUAAGAUAAAACCUAGAUUUUUUCCAAUUUCUUUUACUGCACCUUGCAACUUAUCAAUGCAAUCUGAUUGCAAUUUCUAAGCAAUGAUAAAAGAAGCUAUAGUUUGAGAACAGAUUAUUUUAGUAAAUGUUAAUAGAGAAAAAUGUAUAAAUAAUGAAUUGUUGACUAUUUGAGUUUGUAAAUAACAAAUAUAAAUUAUAUUUAUUGUAUAUGAUUAAGCUAGAUUUUGCUUAGCUUAGUAUGUGUUCACUAUGUGAAUCGUAUGUAGUCAGUCCUGUUAAUGCACUAAUAGAGUAUAUCUAACAACAGAAAGCAGCACUCACCCUUUGUCUUUUGUAUUUUACAUUUCUCUGUAAAACUUUUCAAGAAUGAUGUGUGCUGCGCAGAAAACUUACUGAUGCUGUUGAUCUUUGUUCCUUGAAACAAGUAUUAAUGCUUUCUUUCUAGGAUCACUCAUUUCAAAAAUAUUUGCCCAGCUCUUAACGUGUUUUGUGAUUAUUUAAUUCCCUGUAUUUUCUUCGCAUAGCUGAUGUAAAUAGCCGGAAGGGAUAUCAUUCACAUUGUCCUUGAAGGGUGUGAAUUCUUUUUCAUUCUCUGGCCCCAUUACAUGUUCUGGUUUGUUGGUGUUUAAACAUUUUUCCUAUUCAGGGAAGCUUUCUGUCAGGAAGUUCAUUCAGCAGGCUAUUUCUUGUUGACCUGCUUCAGAUCCAGACCAAAUAAGUUUGCAAAUAUAGUCUCUUGUGAAAAUAAUAUGAAAAAUGUUUGUUAGUUGAGGAUUGGUGGAUAAAAUGGCCAAAAUAAAAUAAUUGAAUUGAACUCAAUAGUUUAAUUCAUUUGCUUCCUCCUCCCCCUUUUCUCUCUUAAUUCUUCUACAUUUCUAGAAUGGCAGCUUUCUUUCUCUACAUAAAGUUUCAAAUGUAAUUAUUAGAAAUUGAAUAUUUUACUACAUCCAGGUGUUUGAAAAAUCUCAUGUCGUGUACUUUCACUUGUGUACAUCAACAAUUUCUUAACUGAACUGGGCUACUUUGAAAGAUGUCAGUAGUAGAGAGCAAAUUGUCUCACAAUUGGGUCUAAGGAGCCGGAUGCCCUAAAUAAACAGUUGAGUUGAAACCAAUAAUCUACUGGUGCCAUCUCUCUGCUUGAAUUUUAACUUUUCUCCAUAUGGUAAUAUAACUGUUUCAAGCCUGUUAUAUGCAAGUGCAAGUAGGACUUGAGUUUAUGGCUCAUUUCUUUUGGUUUGCCACUCUUACAUGUUCUCUCUGAGUUGACAACAGAGAACUUGGUGGUCAUUCUGGGACAGGAAUGCAAGCAACAGAUUUGAAUAAAACAGAAUCUCAGGUUGAGGUAAGUUAAAAUUUAAGCAGAGAGACAGCAAGUUUAAAGUUGCUGGAUAUAAUGAGGCCAAAUUGAAAGCUAAUUAACAGGCUCAUUAUUUUUCUUUCAAAUGCACUUCCCUUGGUAUGGUAGAAGAACCAUACUGUUUAAAUAACACAUCACCCACUUUAUUAUUCCCAUUUACUGGUGCGAUGCCAGAAAAAGUUCACUUACAUACAGGGAAGUGGGUUGGGUUUGAGAAUACUGGGUAAAGUCUUUGAAUUUCUGGAGCAAGAAGUGGAAUAUUCAAGCCAUAUACUUCGUAAGAAUAGUGCAGUUUUCACAUGACUAUAACAUAGAGAUAAUGAAUAAACCAUUUUCACUACUUCAAAGAAAAAUAUUCAUUGGCGGGAUCUGGACAGUGCUGACAGGGCUGGAAUUUUGUUGUUCAUCUCUUUUUGACAUCCUGUCCAUUUUUAGAGGGCAGUUAAGUUUCAGUCACAUUAUUAGGUUGUUACGAACUGGGUUACUAUUGGUGAAUGUCCCUUUAAGAUAGAGCAUAGUGGUGUGUGUGCGUGUGUGUGUUGACGUGGUUACGACAACAGAAGAUAAAGGAUGUAAUGACGUUUUUGAAGCAGUCAGUCAGAGGAGAGAGAGACAGAGAAAGACACCAGCCUGCUAGUUUCUCUAUCGAUGGAUGAGAAACAAUAACUAUGCCUUUCACUACAAUCCACGUAUGGAUUCUUGGAGUAAUCCGGUGGAGUCCACUUUGUCGUUAACCUGCAGAAGAAAACAGGUAUUUGUGUGGACAGCCACGUCUCAGAUGCUUUUUGGGGUGGCAGAUACUUCGGAACAAAGCAGUGGAGUUCACUUUGUUGUUGACCUGUAGAAGGAAACAGGUAUUUGUGUGGACGGCCAUGAUUCCACAGCCUUUCGGGGUGAGGAAGAUGCAGUGGAGUGGUCACUGCUGAGUAAACACUGAGUUGUCGUUUGGGUUCCAAAGUGGAACGUUUGGAUUUCGUAAUUACUCUCUUAUUUUCUCUCUACAUCUACGUUUUGUCUUCAGUCAACGGUGGUUGUUGAAGAAGCCUUUGAUCACGUUUCACCUUACGGCUUGCUGAACUGAACUUUAAGAACCAUUUCUGGACUUGGAGUUUGGGAAUUUGCCACACAGACACACACACACACUAGGA